AUGGAAAGACCGACCCAGACUCUGGUAUUUCUGCUCCAGUCCUCGAUGCUGCCCGCCCUCAAGGCCGCUCACACCAAUCACCCGCAGCACCCCAACGGCAUUCUCGCGAGCCGUGGCGGCGCGGGGCACCACCAUGACGAACUGCUGCGGCUGCCGGAGCCCGAGACGGCCCCAGUGGAUUGGCUGCCCAGGCUGCAUGGCGACGUUUCUUCUGCCCUGCGGAAACCACGGAGCGUGCUUGAGCGGAGUCCAUGGACACUAAGCCAAAGGCGCUCUCGCAUGACCAAAGCCCGGCGGCUCACCUCCCCGACGAUCAACCAGUCUUCACGCAAGGAGCUUUUUAGCGCCCGAGCUAGCUUCGGCAACAAGGACACAAGCUGUACACCCGACAAGCCAUCAGCACCGAUCCUCCGUGCCCAGUUAGGACAUGGGACGGGGGGGAAACAAGGCGCGGUGGCGGCCCUCCUCGAAAGCCGAGCCCCACAGCAGCGUCCCAUGAGCCCGGGACGGAUCCAGGCCUUUCAGCCACCCGUCCGGGUUCUGCAUCCUCCAACCCAUGCUCCGCAGUCUCAACCGAGCAUUUCGUGGGGCUACGGAUGA